AUGGCCGAUGCAGCUGCUUUGAAUAAAGAUGAAGUUAUUGGAAGUCAUUCAACUCCACAAGCUCCGCAAGGUAAAGAAAACAGAAAACGAGGUCCUCUUAGUCGUCAUAAAAAUGAUGAAAGCUUUAAUGAUGACAGUUCUGAUGAUGACAGUACUGGAGAUGACAGUUCUGAUGAUGACAUUACUAGAGAUGACAGUUCUAGUGAUGAUAAUCUCAUCAAUAAUGGCCCUGGUUAUGGUGCGUCAAAUGAUCUCUUUAAUUCCGAUGAUGAUCAUUUAUUUGAAAAGAUGUUUCUUGAUGAUGAAUAUGACAUUAAAGAAGAUGUGCACAUAAAGCUCAAAAGUUUGCUUUGGAUGCGGGCAUUUAUGGAAAAGAAGGUCGUGUAUCAGGAUGCCGUUCUAGUGAAAAGCAAAGAACAUUUCCUUAAAAGUGGUGAGUCUGGCGUGCUAGUAUAUUUUCGGGAUGAGCAUGGAAGAAGAAUUCCCUUUGGUUAUGGUAUUGCUGAAGUUUAUCACGAGGAACUCUACGAGCCAGGGUAUAGGUAUUAUAUAUGCUUCAAACUGAGUAAGGCUUUAAAAAAGUUAUUUGGUGAAGAAAACUGUGAGAGCUGUGGCUGUUUUCGUGAAUGUGCUAAUGCCAUGCAAUGA